GAAGACGGUGCCGUUAUGCCCGUGCGCUAUCUUUGAUGGAGAUGGCCGGCCUGUACCACGCGUGCUCGACCAGCAGAAUGUGUAGACAUUCUCAGCAGCUGUUCCUGUCGUCUAGCUUUCACCAAGGCAGCAAGGGCUAGACACAACGGGCCGUGUUUAGUUUCUCAUCGGCUGCGUGCUGGUUAGUUAGUUGGUCGUGGACAGGCCGCGCUUCACUGUCAGGCGAGGAAGAAACGCGACGGAGCCGUCCGAUCCGACGGUACAAAAAACUUUUUUGAGAAAAAAAAAAGUUGAUACGCAACAACGCAGUAGAUAUAUGUGCUACCUACACUGCAUGAUGCAAGCCCCAGGUGUCGCCGCCCAAUAUAUCACCAUCCUGCUGCCUGGUCUGGACUCACCGUCGGCGCCCUCCCUCGCUAGCCGUUCCUUGAUCGGUCGACGGCAUGCUUCCGCCGGCGCGGACGCACCACCACCACCAGGGAAGCAGCAAGGCGGUGCCGCAGCCGCCGGCAGGCCGGGAGGAGGCGGUCGUCAUCGUCGCCGGGGCCGCCGUGGACGUGUGCCUCGCGGCGGCGGCCGUGGCCGGCGCCGCGCUGCUGGCGUGGUGGGCCGUCGCGUUCCACCCCGCCUACGCCCACCUCUGGAUGGUGCCGGUCGGCCUCGUGCUCGCGUGCACCCCGCCCAUCGUCUGCCUCGCGCUCCGCUUCUCCGGCGACGCCGGGAGCUCGAGCUUGCCGACGGGGAAAGGCGGCUCCGCGGCCGCGCCGCCGCCGCCGCUGGCCGCUGUGGUCGUCCAAACGUAGCGCGUGCGCGUGCUGUGCGCAUCAUGUAUUAUACGGAGUACUUCUAUAUUAAUUUCACUUGGGGUUGGGAGUGUAUAUAUAUGUUGCAUAACUUGAUAUUUCAGUGGACUGGAAAUAUGUACAGAAAUAUAGAUGGCUUUGGUUUGAAAA